AGCUGCAGCGUCUCAUGACCAUCUUUGCCUCUAACGAGGUGUCUACCAUCGGAGCCGCAGCCGCAGCGGAGGAUGAUGACGAUGAUCCGGACUACGUUGACGAGGAGGAGGACGAAGAAGAGGAUGUCGGGUACUACACUUACGGCUUAGGGUCACAGGCGCAUUCUCGACCUUGGAAUCGCUCGGAAUGGUGGCCCAAGAGAACAGAACCCCAGAAAGAGGGCUUGGAGCUGUUGUAUAGCGGAGAAUUCGGUCGUUUGCUGCACCAAAUCCAGGCCCGGGAAGGUCAGCAUAAUGUUGCCCGUAAUUUACUCAAUCGAGGAACGAACGCACGGCCGACACCUAAGGAGGACAUCACAUGUGAAAUACUUCCGAAUUCUAGUGGGACUGCCGUAGCAUCCUAUCCAGCAAAUGCCUAUGUCGGACAGUUCUCCUCUGACUCGGCGUUCUAUUACACUUGCGUGAGAAAUUUUCGCUUGCAUGUGUAUGAUAUGACCGCCCCCACUGUUGGACGGCAACUUGCGCAAGAGUCGAGUGACGGCCAUGCAACGACCAUGGAGGUCAUCAAGACAAUUCAAGCCGCUCCCGGUCGCUGGACUAUCACGGACUCUCACUUGAGUCCUGAUAACCAGCGGAUGAUAUAUGCAUCUAUUUCCAGCACAGUAUAUAUGUGUUCUACGUUGGAUGCGUCCACAGAACAGAUACCCAUAUCUUUCCGGGAUCCUGCCCCAUCUCGAGGUCGCCGUGCCUGGAAUGACUGGGAAGAUGACGAACAGUUUGGCAUAUGGAGUUGCAAGUUCUCUGCCGAUGGUAACGAAGUCAUUGCCGGCGGAAGCAGCAUGAUCUUCGUCUACGAUCUCAUCGCCAAUAAGAGAACCGUGAAGAUUUCCGGGCACACUGACGACGUGAACAGUUGCUGCUGGGCAGAUACUGCAUCCGGAAAUGUCCUCAUCAGUGCGUCUGAUGACACGUUCGUCAAAGUCUGGGAUCGUCGUUCUCUGGCUGCGACUAGGAAACCUUCUGGCGUCCUCAUUGGGCACACCGAGGGGAUUACAUACGUCUCUGCGAAGGGCGAUGGUCGCUAUGUCAUUUCCAACGGGAAGGACCAGAUCUUACGACUUUGGGACUUGCGUAUGAUGCGGAGUAACUCAGAAUUCGAGGCCGUGGCGAAGCAAGAUUAUGGUAUUCCCCACUUCGACUAUCGUGGGGACAACUAUCCUCGUCCGAGAUAUAGACAGCACCCACUUGACUGCAGCGUUAUGAAGUAUACGGGACACGAGGUCCUUCGUACGCUCAUUCGAUGUCAUUUCAGUCCCGUGGAGACUACCGGCCAGCAGUAUAUCUAUUCUGGUUCAGCUGACGGCAAAAUACACAUUUGGUCGUUGGACGGGCGGGUGGUGCAGGUCCUUGAUCGAUCACAUACCCUGUCCAUGGCGCUCGACCCCUCCGCUCCUGAACCUGUUGACAUCACGCCUUCCCGCAUCCGGCCGUGCGUACGGGAUGUCAGCUGGCACUCACAGGAACCAAUCCUGAUGAGCACUGGCUGGCUUGGUCGCCGAUGGGGCUUGUCAGAGGGCAGCGUCAUCGCACGACAUGAGUGGAAGGGACUAUCGAAGUUGCGCAACAAGCUCGAGGACUACGUCGAGAAGCAGAAGUCCGAACGAGCUGAUAGGGCACAGCGGCGCGCAGUGCGUCGAGGUACCAUGCCCGGAUCUUUCGAACCCGCCUCCCCUGCAUCGCCGACUGAUGCUUCUGAUGAUGAUGAAGCGGCGAUGCAGACAGUCCCGCCGCUCGCCGCAGAACUGAACACUUACGGAUUUCCUCAAGGUUACUUCAUGCUUCGCUCUCUAGGAACCAACCGCGUCCUGGACGUAUCAGAGGGUCUGUCUGACGAUGGGACACCCAUCAUCCUGUGGCCAAUGAAUGAGACAUCGCUCGUUGAAUCAAUGAGGAGGCCGGAUUGCGACAAUCAGGUCUUCUUCAUCGAUACCUCUGGUGCUCUGUGCUCUAGAUCCGCGGGGCACGCUAUCGAUGUCCAAGACGAGAACCUGGUAAUCCGCCACAGGAAGCCGGUCACAUAUCCUUUCCCAAACGCAGAAUCGCACCCUCUCCCGCGCUUCGCUUACUAUCCGGAUACGAGAGAGCUCACUGUGACGUUCGCGUACGAUCCUUCCUACCCUGCGUCGCCGACUUCUCGGCGAGAGAGUACGUCGAGUGUCUGGAAGACGAAGACGUACUAUCUUAGCUCCGUUCCCCUCCGCAAACCCCCCACGCUCAUUGAUAACGCAUCCACGCUGCUCAAUUCCGCUGUGGUGGGAGGGAUGUCCCUCUUCGGGGGUCCGAAGACGAACGCGACUCCGGAACAGGUUUUCGACGGGCAGAUCGACCUGAACGAGAGCGAGAUCGCGGAGCAAGACAGGAACGAGGCCGAGGAGAUCGACGACUCCCCGAACUGGCUGCGCCCGGUGAAAGCGAUUGGCCUCACGGCGGAAGAGGCUGCGAGCGCGACCGAGAAGGCGAAGCUGCGACGUCAAUGGGAGAUAUUGCCGUUGAGACAUACGAGGCGUCUGACGGCUGGUAUCUGAUCCCGGCCCCCGCAUGCCAGUCGCAUUGUGGUCUAUUAAGCUUCUCGGGACCUUUUAGGCCAUUGCGGUGGCGCCAUGAUCCUCGCAUUUGUGUUACGUCUAUCAGGGAACUGUACGAUACGUUUGGCAGCUUGUGGUUUAUCCAAAUAUGUACAACAGGCUUCGUCGGGCAACUAUCGGGACGAG